CUUUUCUCGAUGGCUCCAUCGAUCGAGCACCCACCAGCUGGCAUGUUAUGUUAUGGUGCAUAUAAAGACCUUGGGGUGCUAGUGCAAUCAUCAACAAGCUUAAUAGGUAGCUAGAUCGAUCGAGAAGAUGCCGGAGCAAAUGGUAGCAAGCAGCAUGAGCAAGAUGCUGCAGACGGCAGCAGGUGUCUUCUUCUUCGCCGUGGUCCUGUCGGCAGGCGACGCGGCUGUCGUGGAGCAAACAUUCGUCGUCACCCAGGUGCGUAUGCGGCAUCUGUGCAACGACACGCUGGCGACGGUGGUGAACGGGCAGUUCCCCGGCCCAGCGUUGGAGGCCACUCAAGGGGACACCGUGGUCGUCCACGUGGUCAACAAGUCGCCGCAUGGAAUCACAAUCCACUGGCACGGGGUGAAACAGAGGCUGACGUGCUGGGCCGACGGAGCAGGGAUGGUAACGCAGUGCCCGAUCCAGCCAAACACCAGCUUCACGUACCGGUUCGACGUGGGCGACCAGGUGGGCACCUUGUGGUGGCACGCCCACGUCUCCUUCCUCCGGGCGACCCUGCACGGCAUAAUCGUCAUCCGACCCAAGUCCGUCGCCUACCCGUUUCUCAAGCCCGACAUGGACGUUCCGGUCAUCAUAAGUGAAUGGUGGCAGAAAGACCUGAUCAAAGUGGACAAGAACUUCUCCGUUGGGGGGUCGUUCGAUGAUAACCCCGCCGCAGCUGCCAUCAACGGGAAGCUCGGAGAUCUCUACAACUGCUCGGGGAUAACAGAAGACAACUUCGCUCUUGACGUGGAGCCUGGCAAGACCUACUUGCUUCGGCUGGUGAAUGCGGCGCUCUUCUCGGAGUACUACUUCAAGGUGGCCAGACACAAGCUCACGGUGGUGGGCUCCGAUGCCAACUAUGUCACGCCAUACACCACCGACGUCGUCGCAGUUGCGGCCGGCGAGACGAUCGACGUUCUCAUGGUCGCCGACGCCCCGCCCUGCCAGUACUACAUGGCUGCCUUGGCCAACCAGCCACCGCCACCUGACCCACAGAUCCCGGUGUUCGCCGCCAGAGCGGUAGUUCGGUACACCAGCAUUUCCAGUCGUGCACAACACAUGUGCGGGAAAGAACCUCUCAUGCCUAAGAUGCCUGACCAACACGACACCAUCACCACCGUCUACUUCCACGGCAACCUGACCGGUCUUCCUGGCCACCCGUUGCUGCCUCAGAUCCGAGGCCACGUCCACGAGCGUCUAUACCUCACGCUCGGCAAGGGCUCCAUAUGCAGAGACAGGAACAAGACCUUUUGCAAGAGAGGGGGAAACCCGGAGUCCUUUGAGGUGGCAUACAUCAACAACGUCUCCUUCCAUCUCCCAGAGAAGAUAGCGCUGCUUGAAGCACGAUACCAUGGCAAGAUCACGAACGGCAAUAGCAGCUGGAAUGGCGGCAUGCCCGUGGAAGAUCUGCCCAGCAAGCCGCCAAGGGCGUUCGACUUCACCGACAAGGCGUUGAUACCAUCCGUCCCUGGCGGGAAGCUGGAGGAGCUGGAGCCGACGCGGAAGGCAACCAUGACGCGACGGUUCGGUUACAACACAACGGUGGAGGUGGUGUUCCAGAGCACGGCCACGAUGCAAAGCGACUCCAACCCGAUGCACCUCCACGGCCAUGAUUUCUUCGUGCUCGCACACGGCCUCGGCAACUACGACGCCAAGAGGGACGUGAAGAGCUACAACCUGGUGGACCCGCCGAAGAAGAACACGGUGCAGGUGCCGAGGCUCGGGUGGGCGGCCAUCCGGUUCGUCGCUGACAACCCGGGGGCAUGGUUCAUGCACUGCCACUUCGAAUUCCACAUCGCCAUGGGCAUGGCGGCAGUGUUCGAGGUGGAGAACGGGCCAAUGCCGGAGACAAGUCUGCCCCCGCCACCUUUGGAUCUUCCAAAGUGCACAAAACAACGCGCAGACGUUAGCUUCAUAUAAUACUAGGUGAUUCCUCGCACGCUGAUGUGGAAAAUUUUAUUUCCAUAUUUGCACAAUAAGCAAAAAAAGAAAUUUUAAUAUUCUAGAACCAAACAACAUUAUCAUAAAAAAUAGAGUAAAUUUCACAAAA